AUGGCUACCUCACGCGCGGUCGCUAGGCUGGUCGCCGCCCGCCGGUCUCCCUUCGUCCCAGUCGGCUCGACCGCAAACUUCUCUUCCUCCGUGUCCCGCGCAGCCACUCCAGCCGGCCCUCCUCAGCCUGGCUUCCGAUUGCCCCCGCCGAAGCGCUGGGACCAGGGCGACGAGUCCUCGCUCGAUAAGGCGAGCAAGUACUUCCUCAUGGCCGAGAUCUUCCGCGGCAUGUACGUUGUGCUGGAGCAGUUCUUCCGUCCACCUUACACCAUUUUCUACCCUUUCGAGAAGGGUCCCAUCUCUCCCCGUUUCCGUGGUGAACACGCUCUACGUCGUUAUCCCACAGGCGAGGAGCGUUGCAUUGCUUGCAAGCUCUGUGAGGCCAUCUGCCCGGCGCAGGCUAUCACCAUUGAGGCCGAGGAGCGUGAGGACGGCAGCCGUCGGACGACCCGCUACGAUAUUGAUAUGACCAAGUGCAUUUACUGCGGCUACUGCCAGGAGAGCUGCCCUGUCGAUGCCAUUGUUGAGACUUCCAACGCCGAGUACGCCACCGAGACCCGUGAAGAGCUGCUCUACAACAAGGAGAAGCUCCUUGCCAAUGGUGACAAGUGGGAGCCUGAGAUUGCUGCUGCUGCUCGCGCGGAUGCUCCCUACCGUUAA